CAGAGAAUUACGGGAAGCUUUCUCAAUUAUGGAGCCAGAACUCAAAGCCCAGCUUCCAGACUAUCAAAUUAGCUUCAAGUUUAAUCCACCCAGUGCUCCACACUUUGGCGGAAUAUGGGAGCGUGAAGUCCGUUCCAUAAAGAAUGCUCUCCAGGUGGCUGUCGGAACCCAAGCUGUCACAGAAGAUGUUCUAUCCACAGUCCUAGUGGAAGUGGAAGGGAUCCUCAAUUCGAAACCACUAGGAUAUGCCUCAACGGAUGUCGCUGACAUGGAUCCGAUUACUCCUAAUAUUCUCCUAAUGGGGCGGCGGGAUGCAUCACUGCCUCAGGUGGCAUACGCUCCAGGAGACAUGGGGCAAUGGAGAUGUCAGAGCAUGGUGGACCAGUUCUGGAUACACUUCACUAGAAACUACUUGCCUACGCUCCAGACCCGGCAGAAGUGGCAUAAAGCUUCAAAGAACCUGGAAGUUGACUCUGUCGUACUUAUUGUGGAUCCGCAACUCCCAAGAGCUCAGUGGCCCAUAGGCAGAGUUCGAAAGACAUUGCCCAGUAGUGAUGGAUGUGUGCGGACUGCUGAAGUUGUCGUUGAUGGUAAAGCUUACAUCAGACCAGUUGCCCGCCUGAUAGAGUUGCCUGCUUUAGAAAGUAAUACUAAAGACAUUUAGAGAAUUCCCUUUAUUACCCAUUUGCUGCUCAAAUGUGGGGGCGGCUGUUGUGAAUUCUUCCCUUUAAGUUUAAGACUUGCGAUCUGCGUGAUGUUUCAGUAAUGACUUACGUAAAUAACGUAGUGCAGGGUUCACCGCAUGUACGGUCUUAGCGUAACUGCCUAUUCACUAAGUUACCUCAGCACGGCAGUCAUACUGCGUGCUCUCACACAGGUGCAGCGUUUAUGUGCAAGAGAAAGUGCGUGACAAAAAACUACCUCAAAUACACUAACAUGUGUAUAUGGUCAAAUCUUGUGCAAUAAACGGUCAAACUCAAUAUGAUGACUCGACUCCCUGACAAGAGUUCUGCAGCGGUCAAUAAUUAUUAACCAGCAUUCAGUGGGGCAGUCCCCAACAAAUUCC